AAUUUCCUUCAAAAUGGCGAUUUUGGGGGGGGGUGCAUAUUAUACUCAAGUGCAUAUUCUACUUGAGAAAUCACGGUGUAUAUAUAAUUACUAUAUUGGUCCGGCAUGGCUGCAGGCGUCUGAAUCUCUCAUCAUACCUGGAAACGUAAUUUUUUUUGUGAUAGCAGACACAGUAGUGAAGUAAUAAUUCUAGUAAAUAUUUGGAUGUAAAACACUUGUAGACCAUAAAUAUUUAACAAUCCAGCGAAAAACAGAAAGUGCACUGGUUACGGUGCGUGGUUUCUUGUGCCACGUGAUGAAGUAUCCUUAUGCUACUGCGCAAACUAGUUCACGCCGCACCGUUUGUAACCUCAUCACUUUAUAUAUGGGGACUGCUGUGAACUGUGGAACCCCUGUAGUUUAUUGAUUCUGCGCGUGGGACCACUUUGUUCUACUUUCGCCUGCCCAAGGGUGACUGUUAAGGGUGCAAGAGGACAUUAUUCAGAGACAGAGCGUGCGCAACAGCCAUGGGAAAAGGAAGCGAGUUACUACUGUAGUAGUAGUAGUAGUAGUAGUUCAACUACAGUAUCUCCCUUUACUGGUGCCACCUUGAAUUCACUGGAGAUCCAAGUGGUCUUAUUAACUAUUCUUUCAUAUUUUUAGACUCUUGCUAGAUUCAAGCUUUGGCUCUCAAACAAUGGGAAAAUGUUUAAUCUUUGUCGGCCAGCUUUCAUCACAAUGGCAGUUACGCAGUCGCUAUGCUACAAGGAAAAAAAGGGCUGCAUUUACCGUAAAGGCCCUUUGUGGGUUGCCAGAGUGAGCCCUGCUGAGAUAAAAAGCAGCAACCACAGAAAACACACUGUCCUAGAGAAUGCAAUAUUGCUGCUUGUAACAGUUGAGUGCGUUUCUUCUCCACUUUGUGCUACGAUCUUAGCGGUAAUCUUUGUCAUUGUGGUCACAAAGGAGUUACAUACAAAAAAAAAUGUCAAGGUAUCAACUCAGCAGCCCGUCCCAGUCAAGUCUUUUCUCUCUGUUUUUAAGUAUAGACCGGUGCAUCGUAACUGCCAAACACGAGCCGCCCUUACACCUCUAUCGCCGUCGCUGCCGCUGAGGGGUAGCCAUGGCGACCAGCGCGGUGCCAAGCGACAACCUGCCAACGUACAAGCUGGUCGUGGUGGGAGACGGCGGCGUCGGCAAGAGUGCGCUCACCAUCCAGUUUUUCCAGAAGAUCUUUGUGCCGGACUAUGAUCCCACCAUAGAGGACUCAUACCUUAAACACACAGAGAUCGACGGACAGUGGGCCAUACUGGACGUGCUGGACACAGCCGGUCAGGAGGAGUUCAGUGCCAUGCGGGAGCAGUACAUGAGGACAGGAGACGGCUUCCUCAUCGUCUUCUCGGUGACGGACAAGGCCAGCUUUGAACACGUUGACCGCUUCCAUCAGCUGAUACUACGGGUCAAAGACAGGGAGGCUUUUCCUAUGGUGCUGGUGGCAAACAAGGUGGACUUGGUCCAUUUGAGAAAGAUCACCACUGACCAGGGCCAAGAGAUGGCUGCAAAACAUAAUAUAACUUACAUUGAAACCAGUGCCAAGGACCCUCCAAUGAAUGUGGACAAGGCCUUCCACGAGCUGGUCCGUGUUAUAAGACAACAAGUCCCCGAGCGAAACCAGAAGAAGAAGAAGAAGCUGAAAUGGAGAGCGGAACGAUCCACAGGUUCUCACAGAUUCCGCUGCGUCAUAUUGUGACCUCUUUCCUCCUCAAUCAUUCCCACAUAACACACGUACACACGAAUACCUUCGGUUGGCAGGGAACUCCCCAGUAAGUCCAUGACUACUGGAGCACAAAAAAGGGAGACAACUGGGGGGGGGGGGUCUUUCGCCUCCAUUUUUCCAUGGAGGAUUUUGAUGUCGUACCCCUGUUAAUACUGAACCAAAAGUACUGACAUGUUUAUUUGGUGUUUUCCAAUAUGGCACAAGGAAGCAGACUCUGGGGGGGAAAUGAAGAUGGCCCGCAAUCACAUCGACAAAAAAAAAAAAAAAAAAAAGGAAGGAUGUGUUUCAUGGAUUUCUACUAGUCAUCACUCGCCAUCCCAGGGAGAAGAGCACCCACGAGUUGGUGGUUUUGGUUCUGUGUUCUCUCCACUGAGUAGACAUCACAGUGGGACGUGAUGGAAAAGAGUGAAACAUUAACAAAUGGAUGUUAUGAAGAACGUGUUGGAACGAGCGGAGGAAAUCCAUGUUGUGUUUGACCAGUGAACUUUGUAGCGUGUCCAAUAACUUUUAAGUCUUGUCAUUGUAAAUCGAAAGUUGGUCAAGUGUAUGUGUUAAUGCAAAACACGGUUCCAGCUACAACUCAAAAGGGAAAGUGACAGGAUAUUGGUGCAAAACCUUUACAAUGUAUCCAGGCCACGUAGAAAAGAAAAAUGUUACAUUUGGAGGGGAAGUCGUACAGUUAAGAGAAUAAGGUAGUAGUAAUAUGUGAAAAAAAAAAAAAAGGUGAAACGUUGCGUGAAUAGCCACAUAAAACUGCUCGUACAAUGAUGCUGUUUCUGUAUAUAAAACAUUGACAGUGAUGGGUUUAAGAUCCUCAUUCUUAAGAGUGUGAGUUUAUUCUCAUUAAAUUGACUUUUUGUCAUAGUACAUCUUUCUUCAGGUUUUUACGGUAAUAACUUAACUUUUUCUUUGAAAAUGACAUUGAAUUUUUUUCCCCCCCCCCACAGUAGUAUAACUCAAAACAAUUAACUUUGUGAAAGAGGCUUUUUCUUGUAAUUGGCUUCACAAAAUACUUUAAUACAUGUAUUAAUUUAAUUAUUUAAUUCAGAAUUUUAAUCAAAACACUUAUUUUCUCUAUUUGACUUGUAAAUUAUGAUCAUUUUCUCUUUAUAUUAACAUUUCUAUUAUUAGUACAACUUUAUUCUCUUCAUUCUCACUGAAUUGACUUUUCCUCCGUAACAAUACAACUUUAUCCUUGUGGAAUUAUUAAUUCUUUUGUUUUUUGCCAAUUUCUUUUCCUCUCAAAAUUAAGCUCUUUUCUCCUUAAGUUCAGCUUUUCUUUUUGUAAAAUUGGCAUCUUUCUUGUAAUAUUGCUUUAUUCUCAGAAAAUGUUUACUUUUCCAUGAGAGAACCUAAAUAUCAUGACUUAAAUGUCAUUUUCGCUAAAUGUAUUACUUUUUGGGAAAAUGAUGACUUUUCACCGUAAUUUUGACUUUAUUUUUGUAAAAAACAAUUUUAUUUUUACCCAUAAUAUUCCAGUUUACAGAUUUUUUUUUGCAUUAGUAGGAUUUUAUUCUAGGACAAUUAAGCAGUUUUUAUUUUUGUAAAAUCUUGACUUUUUUUUCAUAUCACUUUAGUCUCAGAAAAAAACAACUUUUUUCUAACAGUAUGUAAUACUAAGACUUUACCCUUGUAAAAUAAUAUUUUUCCCCUUUGAAAAUUAUGCUGUUGUACCCGUAGUAUGAUUUUUUUUUUUUUGCAUAUUUUUUUUUGAAAUUAUUAUUGGGGGCCUUUUUUCUAGUAAAAUCAAUGUGUUCCUCCCUCAUAAUAUUGAUUUUAUUUUUGUAAAAUGUAAUUUUUCUUCUAAUAUCACCACUUAAUUCUCAAAAAUAUGACUUAAUUUAUGUUGUAUCCCCCGACCCCCGCCAUCAUUGUGGCCCCAGUAAUACUCGUCGGUAGGUCAUCUUUAUUGUGAAUAGAAAAUCCACAAAUUUCUCUCACAUUGGAUGUGAAAGUUACGAUCUCAACAUUGAUAGUGGGUGCUUGAAAUGCCAAACUAAUGUGAUCUGACUUCUUUAUAGUUGUUAUGUGGGAGCUUUGCAAACCAAUGAAUUCAGGUUCAUGGUAGACCAAUCACACUCAGCGAAGGGACAGCACACGAAGCCCUGGGACUAGUACAAUGGGACUUUGAAAAGCCUUUACCUCCAUGAGGCAAUAUGACGUCAAAAUACGACAACGAUUUUAGAUCAGCAGCGAGACAUUCAAGGGAAGGUCGGAUGGGAAUGUACAAUUUAAUAACCUAUGAAAUGGCUUGUACUGUUAGCGCGCUAGGAAAAAAACAAAACAUUUGGGUAACCUGUUGUCUGAAUGAAUUGUCCGUCAAAGAAUACAUUUUUGCACUUUUAACGCAAUUUCGGACUUUCCUCUGGGCAUACGAGAAGUGAAAUAGUCCAAACAGUUUGGAAUCUAAAACUCCAGAAGAAAAGAGGGAAAAAAAAAAAAAAAAAAAAGCAUCAGUGUUGUAGCCCCGUGUGUCUGGGUAUGCCUGUUGUAUUCAUAAGGACUGGGAAUGAGACCAAAUGUGCACUUGAGGUCUUCAAAGGGAAAAUAAAUAAAGUGAAUGGCAUGCAAAGCCACCUAGAAAUAAAAGGAGGUAUCAACAUUGGACAUUAAAGGGACCUCACAAAGACUGAAAAAGUGACUCGAAAAAUUAUUGAAUGUGUCUUAUGACAAUGUUGCAUCGUGUAGGUUUGAUACCAUUUUGUCUUAUUGAUCGGAAAAUGUGUGUGUGUUUUUUAAACAAUAAUAUAUUGAUGUACGUUACCUCAGCGUGUCCCAGACCUGGACAAAAAGAAAAAAAAGAAAACAUUCCCCAACCUGUUUUUGUUUCCUUUUAUGGGACUUCAAAAUAGAUUCUGGGGUUUUCUUUGCCUUUUGAGCUCAAUAGCCAUGUGGAAAAGGUUUCUCUUGUUUCUGUUUAUUUUUCACUGGGACAUCAAAUCGUGGAGUCAAUGCAUGUGGAUGAAGAUCACACUACUACAGUAUUUAUGUCUGUCUAAGUUAGCAGAUGUUUAGCUUAGCCUAGCAGAAAAGCUUGAAACGGCUUCGUAUCCAAAGAUAAAACUCAGCCACCAAAGCAUUUACUGUAUGCAGGGGUGUCCAAACCUUUUCCUUCGAGGGGCGUAUAUAGAAAAACUUAAGGAUGCAAGGACCACUUUGAUAUUCUUCAACUGUUUUUUUUAAGCACACUAAAACCUAUCCAUCAAGCUAUUAUAUAUUAAGAGUUAUUUUGAGAAACUGAUACGUCACAGCUUCCUGUGAAAGGUGAUGAAGUUUCGCAUUUUUCAUGAUUUUUCCCACUAAAAUAGAUCCGCCCCUGCACUGGGCUGAUCUCCAUAUUCAGAACCAAAACCAGCAUUCUGUAAUAAACUGAAAAUUGUGAAAGCAUUGUUCACGUGACAAUUGUAAUUCAUUAUUAAUGUGCUAUGUUCUCAAAUCAGAUCAUGAGACAGCAAAAAGUGGACGAACAUAUUUUUGGUUCUGAAACUGAAUUAUCGUUAUUCACAUUUCACUUUUUUAGUUGUAAAUAUAUAUUUUUUCAUAUCUAGAAAGGCUCUAUAAAUAAAACAAUUUAGUAUUAUUAGUAGUAGUUGUGUUGGUGUCACCCCGCAACACAAAAAAUGGACAGUGGGCCAAAAAUGUCCUCAUGCCCGUUGUUUGGACACCCCUAGUGUAUGUUACGGUUUCUGGCUGUAAUGCUAUACGAAACAACUGCUUUUUGCUCCUAUACUAUGUUAAGGAACUUUUUCCCUGCCCUUAUGCUAAGCUACUUUAGGCCCUUAAAUGUGCAGUUGAACAACUGCAUCUAGCCCUUAUGCUAAUUUAACCAGUGGUUUCCUACUCUGUUAUGCUAAAAAACUGUUAAUGGACCUUAUGCUGAGCUAAGGUAGAUUCUAGCCCUAUGAUAAAAAACUUUUUUUUUUGCCCUAAUGCUAUGCUAAGCAAAACAACUGUUUCAAGCCAUUGUACUAUGCUAACCAACUGUUUCUUGCUUUUAUUCUAUGUAAAAGAACUAUUUUUGUCCUAAUGCUAAGCUAACUACUUCUAUGUAUGCAGUUAAACCGUUGGUAAUCUAAGUAACUUUUCUUUUUUUUUUGCUUUAUUGCUAUGCUAAGUAACUGGGUACGUUCGGAAAUUCACUCCGGAACGUUCGGAAACUCAGAGCGUUGUUGGAGUGUGCGCACUUCCGCCGCUCUGACUGAGGAGAGAGAGAGGCCGGACGACAGGCAGAACUGACACAUUCAAUAUGGCGGACGCACUGACGUAUCCCUGCCAAUGGCCAACACGCUCGUUAGUAAAGUCAUAGAAAAUAGAGUGCGCUCUGCCCCUCUGAACGCUGCACUCUCAGCGCUGUGAGAGCGUCAGAUUUAUUUUCCAAACGUACCCUCGAGUGUGAAGCAACUGUUUCUCGCCCUGUGCUCUGCUAAGCCCUUUUUUUUUUCUAAAUCACCAAUGCUACUGUUACACUAAAUAACUUUCUUGUUCGUAUAGUAUGUUAAACUAUUUUCUACCCUUAUCCUAAGCUAACAGCUAGUUAGUAAAGCAUCUGUUUUGAGCCAUUUGGUAUGCUACGCAACUUCUUUGUGUAAUGCUACCCUAAUGUUAUGCAUUUCUUACCCUUAUACAAGCAAUUUUUUGGUUGUUUUUUUUACCUUGUGCUUUUUAUUUGAUUUUUUUUGACCUAAUGUUAUACUAAACAACUGCUCGUGGCCCUUAUGCUAAGUGAAGCAACUGUUUCAAACAAUAACUUUGUUUCUUGUUCUAAUGCUACGCUAAUGUUCCACUAGACAACUGUUUCUACCCCUAAUGCUUAGUUAAGCAGCUGUUUCUUACGCUAAUGCGAUGCAAACAAAGUGUUUGUGGCCCAUAUGUUGACAGAGGGCCCUUGGGCUAUGUUAAAAACACCUGUUUUUCUAAGCAACUGUUUUAAUUUUUUUAGCUGUAAUGAUACAUUGAUGUUACUUACACCUAUGCUAUGCAGCUAUAUUAAGAAGCUGCUUUUGGCCCUUAUGCUGAGCUAGGGUACAGUUUGUAGACCUUGUGCUAUGAAAACACGUGCUUUUGUUGCCCAAAUGCUAUGCUAAGCAACUGUUUUGCUCAACUAACGCACCAUUUCUUGCGCUAAUGCCAACCUACUCUUUCGUUUGACCCUUAUGCUAAGCUAAGCUAAUAUCUUAGUUGCAUCCAUCCAAUGUUUGCAUCCAUUUUGUCCAAGGAUUCCUUUAAGACCAAACUAAUGUACAGUAUUCACAGCGCUUCACUUUUCCCCCAUUUUGUUAUGUUACAGCAGAAAUUCACUUGUUCUGCAAAAUUCUACACACAACACCCGGUAAUGACAAUAUGGGAAACUUUUUUUCCCUCAGAUUUUGAGGAACACAAAAUAAAUAGUGAAAAGCGCUGUAACUUUCUAAAUGCACUGUAACAGCUGGGUGUUAUAUUUAAUUUUUUAACCCUUAUGGAUUAAUAGCUGGUACAAAAAGAAUUCUGCUGUUCGUUAAUGAAUGUUUGGCCAGACCAAAUACAAAACAUUGAAGGUGAAUAAAGUGUUGUUAAACCCUGAAUGUUAUGUGAGCUAAAUCGAGCACUUUUUGUUGUCAAAUAUUUUUAAACGUGACAAAAAUGAAUUGACAAAAGAGGCUUUUUCUGUCUCUGUCCCGUUUUGAAAAGACCCGUCGUAAUAUUUUACAUUUCGGAGUUGUGGCACUCUGUGUGGUUUUAAAUGUUUGUUUUUUUUGGACAGGUUUUUUUGUCUUGUAUCUGACUGAGGAGCUAGCCGAGGCGCAAACGGUGCCUUUUUAAUCUAGCCUCAGGGGGGCCAUCACAAUAAAAGUAUUAUGACAACACUGA